AUGGCAAAGAUUGGCAAUAAAAAUAAAAGACUUUUAUCUGAAGCAAGAACUAUGAAAGUCGAACCGCCACCGGGUUGUAGUGCUGGACCUAAAAAUGAUAAUGAACUUGAUAAAUGGAUUGCUUGCAUUAUGGGCCCUCCAGGUUCUGCUUAUGAAGGAGGGGUGUUUAAAUUAGAUAUAACUUUUCCUCCUGACUAUCCAUUUAAGCCUCCUAAGAUUUUCUUUAACACUAAAAUAUAUCAUUGUAACAUUUAUAAUAGGGAAAUUUGUUUAGACAUUUUAAAAAAUGAGUGGAGUCCUGCUCUUACUAUCGAUAAAGUGCUUCUUAGUCUUAUUGCUUUACUACAGGAUCCCAAUCCCGAUGAUCCACUUUUUAAGGAAGCUGCUGAUUUAUACAAAACUAACAGACAAGAAUUUAAUAGAAAAGCUCGUGAAUGGACAAAACUUUAUGCAGAAUGUCAAUAA